AACUGGGUUUCAUUAAUUAUUUUCGGAACACAUCUCGUAUUUGACAUCAAUACAAACAGUAAAAUUUGAGCUCUGAUUUGAAUUGAUAUGUCAUCUGGAGCAUUAAAUACCCUAGCUAUUGUCUUGCUCUUGAUGCCAGGUACAUUUUGUCAGUGCAUUGACUGUAACGCUCAUUGGAAGUUUCACUGUGAGACUAACUUUACGGGGUUUUACUGCGCUCCAGGUGCUUACGUCCACCAGUGGGUGGUGCCGGAGGAAGAAUACAACUCGGGUCUAAAGGGGUUUGCCACCCCGUUUGCAGCAUGCACGCCGUUUCCCUUAGAGAUAAGUUACGUCGAGACGUUUUGCUGCCUGUAUUCGCCCUCGAAUGGCUGCCAGUUGGCCCUUAAUCCAGGUAUCUUCAAUAAGGAGAAGCUACCUGUCACGAGAUGCAGGGACUGCAUUAAGCACUGCCAAUGCUUGAACAAGGCAACACCACCUCUGAAGCCCCGGAUGAUGGUGUCUCUUCUGGGAAUGUUUGCCAUGCUAACCGAGUCGAUCUACUUGACUCAGAAAGUUUGGGCAGGAUGCGGUGCAGAACUUAUUUGAGCAUUGACAGUAGUUAAAUGUGUAAACUAUUCAUUGAAUUCUCGUUGAGUACUAUGAUUUUGUAUCCUCUAAUGUCACGAGGCUAACCAAGUUCAAAGCGAAGACAGUUGCACCUUAGAAGGAAGUACUGGAGCUCUAUCGUUUAGAUUGGCAAACAGCUACAUAAUUGAAGAGACCUAGCAAGCUAAUAAAAACUACAAAUGGUUGAAACGAAAAA